AAAUAGUGUCAGGGAAAUUAGUGUGUUAUGGCUCUUGUAAAAUCAGUUAUUUAUAUGCUGAGCUUCGGAGCUUUAGGUUAUACUUUAAUGAAGGUGACAUCGUCAAAUAAUACAGAACUUGAAAAGGUGAGAGAAAUUGAGACGAUCUGAUCCAGCUUACCAGUCAGAUGUGCAGCGAAAGAAGCAAGAAAUGCUUAACGUUUUGCGUGGUGCAGCUCAAGAUUUUACACCUAUUUACCGAAAGACCAAAGAAGAAGUUGAAACAAAAAAGAAGGAAUAUGUUUCUGGUGACAAAUAACGAAUAUUGAGGUAGUUAUUGUAGCAGGCCUCAGCUUCGUAGUGGACAGUGUUGCUUUUGUGAGUGCAGUAUUUCCUGGUUGUAUUGUUGACUAUUAGGUAUAUUUAAAUGGAAAUGGAUAAAAUUGCAGUAGAGGACAACCGUGAUCUUGUAAAGGAAAAACUAAUGCGUAGAGAAGCAGAAAGGCAGCAACUGCUUGAACAAAAAAGGGAAGAAAAGGAACAAAGAUCAACUGGUGAAGAGCUCAGUUACUUUUUUGAUACAUUUGCAGAAAAACAAAAGGAGAUUGAGAACGCUUUAACCGCAGCAGCAGAAGGACUUAUAGAAAAAACCCAAUUGCCAAAUCAUUUUGAUAGGAUUGGAAAGAAUGUGCAGACCCUGCAGCAUUUUUUAUCUUCAUCAACAAUGUUUCUUCGUGUUUAUGAUAUCCGGAAAGCUCAAGAAGCAAUUCUGACUUUGCAGCAAAGAUGUCAGCAACUAGAGCAGCAGUUACUACCAAAGAAAAAAUUUGGUUUUAAAAUUCGAAAGGUGCCUAAUAAGAAAGAUGUAAUAUUCAAUGAAAAAAUAGAAGACACUGUAGAUUCCCAUUCUUCGCCUGUCCACAAGCUGCUUCAGAACAUUAAGGAGAACAAUUGUGGUUUCUCUGGCAGAACUGCUGAAAUUCUCUCUCUUCCUCACGAAAAAAUAUAUAAAAAGGAUGUUGUUCUUUCUAACCUUAAUAGCUGUACUGUGAGACUACCUGGAGCUCCUAAUACAUUGUAUAUUGCUGGCUUGAGCAACUGCAAAAUAAUAACCGGUCCUGUAACAACAUCAGUUUUUAUUGAAAAUUGUUCAGACUGCACAUUUGUUUUGGCAUGUCAACAGUUAAGAGUUCACAGCACAACACACAGUGACUUUUAUCUCCACGUUACAAGUCGAACUAUUAUUGAAGAUACUACGCAUGUCAGGUUUGCUCCCUAUAAUUUAAAAUAUGAAAAUAUGGUGCAUCAUUUCCAGUUAGCAGGUUUAGAUGUAAAUAGAAACAACUGGGAUAUGGUUGAUGAUUUCAAUUGGCUGGCAAGUGAUAAAGCAUCACCAAACUGGUGUAUUAUGAAAGAAAAUGAAUGGAAUAUUGAUUGGAUGUAAUUUUUUAAAAAGUUACUUGUGAAACCAAUAAUUUUGAGAUGGGAUGUUCAUUUAAUAAAAAGCUAUGUAAUUAUUUUCAUUAAAAUGAAUUUGCUCAGUAA